AAACGUGGUUUCAAGUUCAGGUGUGUCUGUAGGGCGGGGAAGCGGUGGAGAUUUGUCAGCAGGGCAGGCGAGGCGAGGCGUGGGGAUAGCGGGAGCUGAUAAGAUACUGCGGCGGCACCGUAUUCGGGGAGGCAAGUAGUUCUCUCCCGUUCUCCCUGGCAUGAAGCCGCCGCCAAGACGGCGUUGUGUUCCGGCUCGCUAUGAGCUAGGUCCCCUAGUCUACGCUUGGACAGCUCGAGAAAAGAGGGGCCUUCUCAAGGCCUUACGAGCUCACGGUCAGGGUCCUCUGCGCCCGGAGCUACUGAAGAAGUAUCUGCCUUCGAGAGAUGAGGCUGAGAUCUUGGCCUUCGUGCAGCAUCUGAAAGAAAGGGUAGCGAAGGAAGCAGUCAAGGCACAAUAUCAAUCUGUCAAGCAUCAACAGCAGAAUGGCCCAACUCUAGCGCCUAUUGAGGUAUGGACAGAGCUGGCUACGAAGUUGACAGGUAGUCUUGAGAACAGUGUGACAACUGCAUUUUCUCAGGUUCUAACUGUUGCAUCUUCUGAGCCCCUCAGCUUGCUUCAUUCUGUGCCCCCAAAGCCUGUGGAUGCAAAGACCAAACAGCGUUCAUCCCCAGGUGCACAUGAUGAAAGAAGGGAAGACUCUCAGACUGUGAUCCUCCCAUCAAGUGCAGAACAGGCUCCUGCAGAAGAGCAAGGAUUCCAUGUGGACUUUGAAAGUAUCUACAAGUACCUUUCCAUGCUUUCACGUGGGUCCAAAGCACCAGAACUCUCACCUGGAGAGGCAGCCGUGAUCCUGGAUCUGUUGCUGUCACUUCCAGAAGAGCUGGUUUCCCUAGAUAUUAAGAAGCUGAGGAGUCACAUGUGCAAAUGCUAUGUGGAAUUAAAUGGCCAUUAUGCUGGUGAGAGAAGCAGAACACAAGCAGAUUCAAGGCAGCCUAACAGCAGUAGCAUACAUUUAUGCAACACGUCUGUCCCUGUGUACCGGAUCACUAACUGCCAUCCACUGCAUAAAGAAGAUGCUAAUUCCACAGAUGCUUCCAGUGCUGAUGCUCUUGAGGCUUCUGGGAUGGACUGGAAGACUCUGGGUAUCUGUCCUUUGAACUCAUUCUUACUUCCUUUGGAUAUUUUGGCACAAAAGAAAAUGAGCUUGGACUGAGGAAAUCAGAUUCCGUACUGAACUGUCCUUUUUUAACUAUAUGUGAUAGUAACUCUGAGAAGGAAACCUAGAUAAUUGUCUUACCAUGGAUUUCAUAGGAGCAUUGAUAUUUUGUUCUGUGGACAAUGUUUGCUUGGUGUAAGUAUCCCGCAGUAGACUGUGUACAUUGCUUUGGCUUAUCUAGUAGCAAUAUUUCCUCUUGAUUAUUGCAACAGUUCAUUUUGCUAGACUAAUUGAUUCUAGCCUAGAGGAUUCAUACUGGCAUUUCUACUGCAUCUGGAAUCUUGGGGUUAGAAAUAGCUCCAACACAUAUAAUUGCCUUAAACUGCCUAUAAUUUAAGAUACUGGUGAUGAAGUCUGAGUUGUGUGAUCUCAUCACUCAGGGCAGUAGACAGACAUAUAGAAGACAGCAGAAGUUGUAAUACAGAACUAGAUAUGAAUAUUUUAAGGUAAAAACUAUCUGGAAG